AUGGCCGACAAUACCGGCAGUGCUUCUACCAGCAAUAGCCAUCCACAUCAUCAACAACAACAACAUCAUCAUCAUUCGUCUCUUGAUACCUCCACUAAUAACACCACUGCUUCUACUCCCAGCUCUUCGGCUACUGCCAACAACAAGCUGGAAUGUGACCCGCCUGUUGCGGAGACAAAUGCGGGUAAACCAGAGGCUAAGCCGCCCGUCCCCGCCCCCGAACCCGCCGCCAAAAAAGCGACGACGGUCUGUGCCAAACACCCCACCCCCGACUCCAAGAAAAAGCCCCGUCGCUCCACCAAGACCUCCUCCAUCGUCACCCCCAGUGACGACAGCUCCUCCGGUCCAGACGCCGACAGCAACCACGACUCGGACUCCACCAACCAUGAUUCUUCCGCCGACAAAGAUGCCUCCUCCUCCUCCGCCGACAGCUCCUCCUCGUCAGACGAGUCCGAGGAAGAUCGCAAGCAUCGUCGUAAGCGCGGCAAGGCCCGAGCCAAGAAAGCGCUGAAGAGCGGCGGCCGCAAGAAGAAAACUCGCUCCCGCCACCAGUCUGCCUCUUCGUCGGAUUCCUCCUCCGAGGAUGCGGAUGAUACGGACUCCGACCUCGAUGAGAAGACCCUGAAGAAGCUGGUUGCUAAGCUCAAGGCAAAGCGGUCCUCCAAGAAGAGUCGCUCCAAGGACGACUCGUCCGAGGACCAGCAGGACGACAAGGAGGAUGCUGGUUCGGAUGAACUGGCUUUGCUGCUGGCGAAGCAGAAGCUGGCCGCCUUGCGACUGAAGCUGGCGGACGGCCGUCGCAACAAAGGGCGCAGCAAGCGGGGCUCCACGGACGGAGACGGGUCCAAGGGUUCCUCGCAAAAAUCCAAGAGUCGAAAGAAGGCGGCGUCCAAGAUGGCUUUCAAGCGAGUGGAUCAAUUAUGGGACAAUACGAUCCAUAACUACAAACUGACUGAGACGGUCGAUGAUCCUGGAGCCAACGAGUGGGACCAAUACCUUUUCACCGUCCGUCGCAAGUUCGACUGGGACAACAAAUAUACGGAGACGGUGGUGGACCUCAAAAGCAAGUACAUCCGCGACGCGCUGGCCAAGGUCAUGGAUGGGGUCAAGGGUGUCAGCCUGGUACAGGAAACGGCAGUCGUGGAUCCCAACAUGCUGUUUUUGUACCUGGAGGAGACACGGCAGUACAUGCGUGAACUCCGACAGCUGGCUAAGACGGAAAAGAAGAAGAAGGCCCGCAAAGCCGCCCAGCUCAAGGCCACUCAUCUCAAGGUGCUCAUCAAGUACCUCGACACCGACUAUGCGGAAACGAAGAAGACCCUAUAUCCGCUCCUCGAUGCCAACAUGAUCACCUUCGACCUGUUGUGGGCUAUCUUCAAGCCCAACACAAUUGCUUAUUCGUCGACUUACGGAAACGUCGAUGAGCCUCGUGCCUUCAAGAUCGAGUAUGCUACCAAGGAAUCCUCCUUCAUGAAGGGUCAAUGGUACAGCAUUGAAGGCCGCUACUUGGAAUAUGAUGGAAAAUCGUUCGGGAUGGGCACGAUGGCCGCCGACGUCGAAUCCUUCAAGGGCGCUCGGAAGAUUACCAGUCUCAGUUGCUAUCCGCUGAAAUAUCACCGGGAGGCGGAGGCCAUUAAGAUCAAAUUGAUUGAGCGCGGUAAGAAGUUCGUGGCACUGCGUGGUAUGAACUACCGCUUCCACAAAGGCAUGGGCUUUUACAAAAAGAAGCGCUCGGUCAUCAAGGUCAAUAUCAACGGGCGGGUCAUGAUCGAUCCGGCCAUCCAUCGUCGCAUCAACCCCAACUACCCCAUCAGCACCGUCCGACCCAAGGAUCCGGAUUACCUGGACGGGUCGGACGAGGACGGAAGUGAUGAUGGCUGCUGCUGCGGUGGCUCGGAGUCGGAUUCGGAUCAGGGCUGCGGGCUAUCGCGGGACUCGCACACGCCCAAGAUACGCUACAAGGUGGUUCGGGACAAGGAGGGCAAACCGCACGUGGUCGAAGUGGAACUGGAUGAGAACGGCAACGAGGUGCAAAAGGAGGAGAUAGACGAAGUGGAAGACCCCUCGGAGCGGGAGUUCACCGAGGAGGAGCUGCUGAUCGCCAGCCCCGUUGUCUUGGGGUUUGCCUUCAGCGAGAAGCUGUGGCUGGAGUUCAGCAUCUCCGGCAUCAGCGAGAUCGAAUGGAACGAGGACGCUUUCAGCUCUCUUGUGCUCCCCGACAACCAAAAGUCGAUUGUGAAGGCGCUGGUCGAGUCUCACACCUUCCGGGCUGCGCAGAACAUCGAUGACGUGAUACAAGGCAAAGGCAAGGGACUGGUUGCCGUCCUCCACGGCCCUCCAGGCACAGGCAAGACCCUCACAGCCGAAGGUAUUGCCGAACUGCUCAAGCGUCCCUUGUACAUGGUCAGCGCGGGAGAAUUGGGGACCGACUCGCGCACGCUCGAAGCCGAGCUUAACAAGAUCUUGGACAUCGCGCAUUCAUGGGGCGCGGUGCUCCUGCUUGACGAGGCUGAUAUCUUCUUGGAGAAGCGGACCAUCCAGGACAUCCACCGCAAUGCCCUGGUCAGCAUCUUCCUCCGGCUCCUGGAGUACUUCCAAGGCAUUCUGUUCCUGACGACCAACCGCGUCGAAACCUUCGACGAUGCUUUCCAAUCCCGCAUCCACGUCGCGCUCCGCUACGGCGACCUCACUACCAAGGCCAAGCGUAGCGUUUGGAAGAUGUUCCUGGAGAAAGUCCAGGCCAUGGAGGGGGUGCAGACUGCGACAUUCACCGAUAAGGACUUUGAUCUCCUUGCCCGUCACAACCUGAACGGCCGUCAGAUCAAGAACUCCGUCCGCACAGCGCAAGCCCUAGCCGUCAACGAGCAGACACCCUUGUCAAUGGAGCACAUCAAACGCGUCCUGGCCGUGGCCGAGACCUUUGACCACGACCUCCGUGGCGGAACGGGAUACCUCGACGCCAUGCGAAGCUAUACCUAA